AUGAAGAGCUUAAUACGAAAUUUUUUAAUACAACGUGGACAAGAUCCACGAUUUGAGCAGCUCGAAUCAGAACCACGACCAGCGAUCACGACAACACCCUUCACAUUUCCAAUCGGUGGCUACUACCCCCCUCCUCCACCGCCCUAUCGUCCGUCGAUCUAUUCGGAUGAUACGACCACGACUGUGAGCGAAUGCUCAUCGAGUGGCUAUAACAGUGGUAGUAUGGCUUUGAAACGUCGUUCAUCGUGGUCAAAUUUGGUUGAAAGUGAUGAGAACUUGAACACGAAUAAUCAUCAUUGCAACAAUAUUGUUUAUCCGAAAGUAACUGUGCCAAGCGUUGUUUCAAGUUCGUCAACUAGACGUCUUAUCCCUGCUACAUCCACUGAAGAUGGUGCCACCACCUUCAUGAGAGCAAUAACACUUAAUCGCUCAGCUGCUGCUCCAGCUGUUGGCUACUAUACGCCCUCUGUGGUACCGUCAUCUAGAAAUAACUCGAUCGCUGAACAGAGUUGCGUUUCAGAAUUUGUUCUAAUGGGCAAUUGUUUGGUUCGCCGCGUUGAAAUUUUGGAAGCCCUGUGCCCGCCGAAAGGGUCGUUGUAUAAGCUGAACGAAUCAACUCCUGAUGAGAAUGGCGAGCAACGUGCGAAGCGUAAUCGAAUGGAUGAAUUAAGGCAAUGUUGUCAAAGGCCAUGCACCAAACUGAUUUUGACUUUAUUAGCGAUUGCCCUUGCUGUUGGUGUAGUACUGGCCAUUAUUCUUUCACAAACCGUUCUACAACCGAAAAACUUUGCCUUCUCAUGGCUCCCACCAUUCGCUCAUCGAAAAGGUCAACAAAGCCCGAGCAGAGUGAAUUUGGAUAUUCACUCCAAUGAUGAGGCCGUAUUUCAACUUCAUGGAGGCCUACCCUUUAAGGGUGACUUCAAAUCCGUAUACGAUUUUAAAACGGUGCGAUCGAUUUUUAUACUUUUUAGUGAAAAAUGUUCUCGACGAGUGUUAUUGCCUUCAAAUUUCGAUUCCAUCUCAGAGAAAUCGGCAAUUACUUCAGAUAUCAGUAUAGACCAAAGGCAUUUCCUUCCAAAGUUUUUUUUNUUUUUUUUGUUUCAGCGCAAAGUCGCCGUCAUUGAUUCGACGUUAAAGAGUAACGGUAAAAAUUUGGUAUGCUUCUUGAUGGAUCUCGACUCAACAACGAUGACGAGUAUUGACGCACUGAAAACGGCCGCUCAAAAUGCUCUUUCGAAAACAGAGCAAUUGCACGGUUGGCAAGAGACGUGGAAGUUCGUGCCAGGACCGUAUUUUGGAAAUGCGUCUUCACUGUUUCAAAGCGCCAUUCCAGAAUGCGAUGAAGCCCGAUGGAUAAAGCUCAACUAUACUUCAAUUGAUCAAAAAGAGCAGCGAUGUUCAGAAUGCUACGAUUUCUGCAUUCCUGAAUAUGGAAUUGAACGUGAUCAAGUGCGAGGACACAAUUCGUUGAAUGUGCUGAGACGUGACUGCUUCUACCUGUUCGUUCCUGAGUGGCGUGGAUUUGCACAGUCGCUGAGCAGCGAGCAGAAUCAACGCGAUUUCGAGAAUUAUUAUCAGAACCUUAGCAAUAGAAAUAACAACUAUAAUAAUAACAACAACAAUGGUCAGAUUGUCCUUCAACCACAGCAGCAACAAAAUGGCAAUAAUUUCAUGCAACCAAAUCCAUCGAAUAGCCAACAGUUCGAAUCUAAGUGGAUAUCACUGCAACAAGUACCACAGCAGCUUUCGAAUGCCACAAGUAAUUUCUUAGGCCAAACACUGAAUCAAGCUGGACAAUUAGCUUCUAACGUGCAAAGUGCCGUUGUUGGCGCUACACAAUCGCUUUUCGGAACCAACAACAAUGGUAUGGUCCAAGGAUCAUCUCAAAACGGUGGUCAAAAUGGCCCGAUACCGUAUGGAACUAUGCAGCAGCAACAACAACAACAACAGCAAUCUCCUUAUAACGCACAAAUGAAUAUGAACGGACAAAUGAGUUUCCCCCAGCGACCACAAAACCAACAAGGAGUUGGUGGUUCAUCAUUCAUGUCCUCACAGCAGAAUCAACCUUCCCAAAGUCCGUAUCAGCAGCAAAACGGUGCUUUCUAUAUUCAGCAACAGCAGCAGCCACAAAACUCGUUCGGUGGCAUGAAUUACAAUGAAUAUCCGCGGAACAAUGCUGGUGCUCAAAUGGUUGGAAUUCAGCCGAAUGGUUUUUCACCCAAUGGACAAUCACCAAAUGGUGGUAUGUCAGUUCAUCCGGUUGCGGCUAAUUCCAACCUUGGUAUGAAUGUUAACAAUCCGCAAGGUGGUGGUGUUCCAAUGAACUCGAAUUUCUCACCGCAAGGAACGUAUUCAAAUGCGCCACCGUCAUCAAAUUCAAAUUUUAACGGUCAGACAAACCAGGAGUUCGUUCCAAACGAUUCGCCAUCCGAUCACAGCUCAUGGCACGGUGAUCGGGAUGUUCGCCAUAUUUUUUCCUAUCGCUGUUUAAAUGGAAAUUGA